AUGCCAGAUUCUUACGCCGUGCCACGAAGCUCUGGAAAGUCACGGUCGCUGUCUAGCCCCAUCGAUUUCUACGUCCACGUGCUUAGGCACUUUUUUGGAAUGCACGAGCGUGCCAUUGCAACCUAUAAAGCGGAUAACUCGGGACCAUUCGCCAAGCAUUUCCCUGGCAGUAAUGUCAUGGACAAGAAUCGAAUCGACCAUUUGACCCACGAAGGGUUCAAAAGAGCAUUCAGCAGACCGGGUCUUGCUCCUAUGACUCAGCGUUAUAUGAGCAUUCUGGAGCCAAAAAUAGACGGAUUAGCCUUUUCAACCGAGUGGACGGAUGUGCCCGACCUGCUACAGUUCUUCCGGAUGGUCUAUGGCGCGGCGCUGCUUGAAGUUGUCUUCGGUCCAUCUUUGACUAGAGUCAACCCAACAUUCCUGCAAGAUGUAUGGCAGUUUGACGAUUCUGUUCCGCUGCUCGCCAGGCUUAUACCUUCGCUCCUCUUUCCAGAACCCUACCGAUUUAAGCGGUGGUGCGCCUAUGCGCGGGAAAUUUUUUCAGAGUGUUGCGUUAGUGAGGAUGGCGAUGGAGAUCCGUACUGGAGCUCGGCGUUGAUACGAUAUCAUCAGAGGAUGUACCUUCAAGCUGACGGUUAUGAUGAUGAUGAUGCGCUUGCGGCUGCCGAUCUAGGUCUUGUGUGGGGUACUCUUGGAAAAGCGAUCCCUACGACAAUGCUAUCUGUCUACCACGUAUUUAAGGACGCCUCUCUCCUCCAGCGAGUACGUCAUAAUCUCGAAGACACUUAUGGCGAUGUACCAGUUUCAGAGAUAGAUCCGAGCCAACUUGUUCAGGAUCCCCUAUUACCCUCUAUUCAAGCGGAAACACUGCGGCUAUACGUCAAUGUCUGCGUCAUGUUGAGCUCGCCUUACGCUGAUGUCUCCCUCAGUCGAUGGUGGAUGCCCAAAGGCACAGUGGGAUUGGUCGGUUCCGGUAUCACGCACAAGGACGAGAGGUUCUGGAACACCAAAGACGGCGUCCAUCCUGUAAGCUCAUUCUGGGCUGACCGCUUCAUCACCGACCCUGCAGAUCCGAGCAGCGGGCCCACCCGAGACUCCGCUCUGCGCCACAACCACAACAAGGAUGGGAAACCAUCGUUUUCGCUCAGGGGUCUGGAGGCAUCGUGGAUGCCGUAUGGAGGCGAAACAGGUGGUAAUGCUAUUUGUCCCGGACGACUUCUCGCAAAAAGAGUGACUCUCUUUACCAUUGCCUUGAUGACGAGGAAAUUUGAUAUCGAAAUUUUGAAUGACUCCAUCUAA